UCUCUCUCUCUCCAAACAUAAUUUCUCCACGCAGCUCUUCACUUUGUUUCUCAAUGGAUUCUUUGCUCUUUUUCAUUGGAGUUGUGGGAAAUGUUAUCUCAGUCCUACUCUUUGCUUCUCCCAUAAAAACCUUCUGGAGGAUAGUGAGGAGGCAGUCGACGGAGGGGUUCAAGGCGACGCCCUACAUCGUCACCCUCCUCAGCUCCUCCUUGUGGGUCUACUAUGGGAUCACCAAGCCCGACGCAUACCUCGUCGCCACCGUCAACGGCGUAGGCAUAAUUUUGGAGGCCAUCUAUGUCGCCUUGUUCCUUAUCUUUGCUUCCCCUCCUCUUAGGGCCGAAACAGCAAUUUGGGUCUUAAUAUUGGAUGUGGGGAUCUUCGGAUUGGUCGUGGCAGUGACGAAAUUAGCUGUUAAUGGGAGCUUAAGGAUACUGGUUAUAGGAAGCAUUGGUGCUUUUCUCAAUGUGUUAAUGUAUGGAUCUCCUCUCACUCUAAUGAAAACAGUUAUAACCACAAAGAGUGUGGAGUUCAUGCCCUUCCUCCUCUCACUUUUCCUCUUCCUCAAUGGUGGGGUUUGGACUGUAUAUGCCAUACUUGACAGAGAUAUCUUUCUUGGGAUACCAAAUGGAGCUGGUUUCUUAUUGGGAGCAGCUCAAUUGAUCCUCUACAUGAUAUACAAGAACGCAAAGGUGUCCAAACACUUGGGCGAAACGAUUGAAGAUCAAUGGCAACAUGCACCCCUCAUUGGGCCAAAUGGCACACCAGCGGGACAAAGUGAUGCAACCAACCAAGUUUGAAUUUUGAAAAGCUCCAAAUAUAUAUAUACACAUCACUUAAAUUUUUAUGUGCAGUUUGUUUUCAAAGGCACUUGUAAAUUCUUUGAAGUUUGAACUUACAUCCUGGUAUUUGUAUGUAUGUAAUAGUGGAUUGUUUGGCUCAUA